AAUAUAACCCCACCUCCACUCCCUAAUAGCCACCAGUCUCUCUUUCUACCACAGUAUAUUUCUGGAGAAAACAUAAUCAUCUUUCUCAUUUUCUUCUUUUGUUUUUCUUGAACAGCAGUUGGGAAAAAGCUAAUAAAUUUUAGUUAUGGAGUCCUUAACAGGGUCAUCUCUAAAAGGGGUUUGUUCGGAUAAGGUCUUAGAUAAACACAGAGGUUUAUCUUUGAAUAAAAAGUCAGGAAUUUGCUUUCUUGGAUUGUCAAGUUUCAAGAUUGUUCAUAUUAGCUCAUUUUCUGCUCAGUACAGAAGUAUUCAGCCUAUUUCUUGUGCUUCUGACGCUCAGGAGACACAUACUCAGAGUGAAGGAACAGAGGCAACUGAUGCAAAUCAAUCUGAACCAGUUCACGUAAAAUUUCAAUUGAAUAAGGAAUGCUCCUUUGGUCAGCAUUUCCACAUAGUAGGCGAUGAUCCAAUGCUCGGUUCAUGGGAUCCAUCAAAUGCAGUGCCACUUGACUGGUCUGAGGGACACGUCUGGAGCGUCGAGUUGGAUAUCCCAAGCGGAAAAAUUAUCAGCUAUAAGUUCAUUAAGAAAUUAGAUGAUGACAGUAUCUUAUGGCAACAAGACCCUGAUCGAAUUCUUCAAACAUGGGAAACAAAGAACACGAUAACAGUUUAUGAAGAUUGGGAAAACGCUGAGCUGCAGACAAUUAUAGAAGAGGAACCUGGUUCAGAACUAUCUGAAGAAUCUGCAGUUAAUCCCGAAAUUUUAAGAGCUGAGAAUUUGGUUCCACCAACUGCUGUAGACCAAGAAGAUGAUGUAAACGAGGAAAAAACUAAUGAAGUUCUAGCUAUAAUCGCGGAAAAUAUCUCUGAAGUAAACGAGGAUAUGAACACUGGUCGAAAUGAGGACACCGCAAUGGAAGUAAAAGCCAUUGGCAAGAAUGGCACUCGAUUUAAUGAUGCAAUGUUGGGCUCAACAGAUGAGUCAGUCCUAGUUACGGAGGAAAGAAUUCCUGUCUUGAUUCCUGGCUUAACACAAGUUUUGACCUCAGAGGUUCAUGCAGACAGAGUCGUUGCUGAGAGCUCACUUGGAUCAAAUAAACAAGAGUGUAAUGUGUUGUUGAAUGAAGUUAACAAAGACAAAGUUGUUGCUGAGCGCUCAGUUGGAUCGAAAUCGGAGGAGUUCAAGGUGGCUGAGUUGAGUUCGAAUGAAGAGGUAGCAACCAAUAUGACACAUCCUAGAGAAACCCCAGAACUGAUGAUACUUAAUGCGGAGCAAGAAGUGACGAGAGAAAAUGAAGAUAAAGAAAAGUCUGAAUUUGUUGAAGGAGGAGGAGAUUGGUCCAAUGGAAAAUCCAUGGAAGAGAAUGUCUUUUUAAGUGAUAUACAAAGGGGCAAAAAGACUCUGCUCAAGUUCUUUGCAAGUUUGGGUUUCCUUAAAGUAGAGCUUGAAGGCUGAAAACAAGCUCAUAGAGAAGGAAAAUAAAGUUGUGUAUAUCACCUAAUAAUGACUGAUGGUCCUCUUUUUCUCUUUUGGUUUGAGCCGAUGUGUACUAUAUUUUGUUCCAAUACAUAUUAGUACUACUAUUCUCAAGUA